ACCCGUCUGUGUUCUGGUGUUGCUAGUUGUUGAGAGUCUUUCUGCUGAACAUGUGGUGUGGUUGUGGCGUCACUAUACUCACCGCAGUCACUGAAAAAAUCAAGUGAGACGGACGUAUCGCUUACAGGCAGCGUUAAAGUCAGAGGUCGCGUUCUGACGAGCUCGAGGAAGUGGAGCACGUGCGAUGAAAACCGAAGGGAUUGAGGGUACCGAAAGGUUUUUGAGCCCCGGUAAGGGCCGGGGACUCAGAGCCACAAAGCAUUUUAAAGUUGGAGAUCUAGUGUUCGCUUGUCCGGCGUAUACGUACGUGCUGACGGUGAACGAGAGAGGCGCACACUGCGAAUUCUGCUUUACCAGGAAAGAAGGGCUGUCAAAGUGUGGAAAAUGUAAACAGGCCUACUACUGCAAUGUAGAGUGUCAGAAAGGUGACUGGCCCAUGCACAAGUUGGAGUGCUCGGCCAUGUGCACACACGGUGAGAACUGGUGUCCAUCAGAGACGGUGCGACUGGUUGCCAGAAUCAUUCUGAAAAGGAAGUUCCAGACAGAAAGGACUCCAUCGGAAAGAGUUUUGACUCUUACAGAAUUAGAAGCACAUCUGGACAAGCUAGACGAUGAGAAGAAUGAGAUGAACGACACGGACAUCGCUGCGUUACACCACUUUUACUCGCGUCACCUUGAUUUCCCUGAUAAUGCAGAACUUACAGAGCUCUUUGCUCAGGUGAACUGUAAUGGCUUCACCAUUGAAGAUGAGGAGCUGUCUCAUCUAGGUUCUGCUGUAUUUCCAGAUGUUGCUCUGAUGAAUCACAGCUGUAGUCCGAAUGUGAUUGUGACGUAUAAAGGUACAGUUGCUGAGGUGAGGGCUGUGCAGGAGAUCAGCCCUGGAGAAGAGAUUUUCAACAGUUAUAUCGACCUCCUGUAUCCAACAGAGGAUAGAAUUGAAAGGUUGAAAGAUUCUUAUUUCUUUACAUGUGACUGUAAAGAAUGCACCUCUAAAUCAAAGGACAAGGCCAAAAUGGAGAUCCGUCAAAAGCUCAGCUCACCUCCAGAGGCCAAUGAAAUCAGACAGAUGGUGGGGUAUGCCAGAAAUGUCAUCGAGGAGUUCAGGAGAGCCAAGCACUAUAAAACUCCCAGUGAACUGCUUGAGAUCUGUGAGCUAAGUAUGGAUAAAAUGGGAUCAAUAUUUGCAGACACAAAUGUGUAUAUGCUGCACAUGAUGUACCAGGCAAUGGGCGUCUGUCUCUACAUGCAGGACUGGGAUGGAGCAAUGAAGUAUGGCGAGAAAAUUGUCCAGCCCUACAGUGUGCACUAUCCUCCUUAUUCGCUGAAUGUGGCUUCUAUGUACCUGAAACUUGGAAGAUUGUACCUAGGACUCGAGAAGAAGACGCAAGGAGUUAAAGCUUUAAAGAAGGCUCUUGCAGUCAUGAACAUUGCCCAUGGAAAAGAGCAUCCAUACAUCACAGAGGUUGAAAAGGAAAUAGAAGAUCAGAAAUAAUGGGACAACAAUGACAAAAUAUGCAUCAAACGCUGGCAUGUCUUAUACCUCUCCCUGGAAUAUUAAAACAAAAGUGAUGUCAAAAUUGUCUGUUGAUCUGAGAUGUCAUUAAAACAAAUUUUAGAUUUGUAAAUAGAUGGCCCAGAUAUUUUGUUGUUUGUAUUGUCUGCACUUUGGGAAAAAAUGUCCUUAUCUGUUUGUUUUUUUUGUGAAGAAGGGCUAAGAUUUAAAAAUCAUAUCAUAUAUGCCAGGUUUUAACACAAUUUUGCCCACUUAUGUAGCAACAAUAUUGCUGUUUUGAAGAACUAAUGAAUGUAAAUCAUUUAUAUAUUCUCAAUACAGUGACUCUAUUUGAUAGAUUGUUGCGUGGUUAUCAUUUUGCAUAGGUCAGAGUAUAUCAUUGAUACUGUUAAGAUAUUGGACUUCCAAUCUUUUAUUACAUUGGAGUCAUAAAAUUACAUUUAUAACUGCUAUUUGUUUGUUAAUGUUUAUUGUUUGUUUGAUAUUGUGCAAUUUUGACAGGUAGCAUGGGCAAGAAAAAAGGAAUGUAAACUGCCACAUGCUUGAAAUUUAAUGUGACAACACUAUAAAGUAAUAAAAUCCUUAAGAUGAA